AAAGAGAUUGAUGGUCAGUAUUUUUUUCCUUAACAUUAUUUUAUUAGGAACAUUUUUCCUUGUCAAUCAAUAUAUUUUGCUUCAAAGCAAUUUUUAUUGUAGCACAUCAUUCCUAUCAUAUAGUUUUGUUUUAUUUUUAUUUUAUUUUUUAUUUUUGUGGAUACAUAGUAAGUGUAUAUGUUUAUGGGGUACAUGAGACGUUUUGAUAUAGGCAUGCAAUGUGUAAUAGUCACAUAAGGGUAAAUGCGGUAUCCAUGCCCUUAAGUCAAGCAUUUACCCUUUGUAUAAAAAACAAUCCAAUUAUACUUUUAGUUAUUUUUAAAUGUAUAAUUAAUUCAUUAUUGACUAUAGUCACCCCAUUGUGCUAGCCAAUACUAGGUCUUAUUUAUUCAUUCUAAUAUUUUGUACCCUCAGUUGUUAGUAUUAAGACUAAAUAUCAAUUAUAAGAUCCAAAGGGUAGGUGUAAAGUCAGAACUAUGCACUAAGAUCAGGAACCAAGAUAACAGAAAAAUGUCUGAAAACUAACAGCAAUGUGUGUAACACAGCAGAGAAUAAUAUUCACCGUAAAUAAUUCAAGAAGGUUUAUCCCAGGAAAAGCAAAGUGAGAGCCCACAUUCUCAGUGGGUUCCUCUGUUCUUCUGUCACUGGGAAGUAAAGUAUGAUGAGCAAUAAGCACAAAGUUAAUGGGUUCUCCAGCCUUCUGGAGUGGCUCUCUGCAGCUCUUGGGCAAAACAGAUGUCUCAAUGACUACCUGGGAGAGUGAGGGGAAAACUCAGAGCCUUUCAAGCAACAGAGGUGUGAGAGAGAAGUUAUCAAUAUAUAAUUCCCAUUAGUCUGUUUUUGAGAGAUACAAGUUGUCAAGCCCAUUUGGGAUAUUAAAUGGUAAGGGUUCAGUAUUACCCUUCUGUACUGUGCAAAGGGGAAUAGUCAAAAGCAUAUUUACUGUUCUCAUGAAAUUUGUAGUUUAACUAUGAAGACAAGAGAUAUCUCUGUGAAAAGUAAAGAUCACUUGCUGAUCAGCUAAGCUUUCUCAGUUUCUAGUUUUUGUCUUUGUAUAUACCUCCUUGAAGAAUACUUUCUCCAAAAUUGUUUCCAGUCUCACUGACAGAGGAAAUUUUCAGGACUCAAUCCCAUGUACAAAUGUUGAACAUUACAUGAUCAGUUAUACUAUAUCCAUUGUACUUGUGACUCCUAUAAAAACAUAUUUUUUCAGUAACUAUUUGUUGCAUAUUUGCAAUGUGCCAAGUGCUAUUGUAGAUAUUAGGAAAAAUGAAGUAGACAGAACAUUGUCUUUGUCCUCAUGGAAUUUACAUCUCAGUAUUCUAAGUGUGCAUACCCUCUCUUCCUACUAGGAGAAAAUAUUAUUUUUAAUCAUUCCUUCACAGUGAGUUUCUUAAACUUAUUUCAUCAGAGACUAUUGAAAAGCACACACUCUUCCAUCCCCCUAGAAUGAGAAUCCUGGGGGAGGGAUUGGGAAGUCUGUCUUUUUAAGAAACUCACUUGAUGUUUCAUGUGCAUUCACAGCUUAGGUAACUCUGGGGGAAAGCACUGCCCUGUUAAGAACAUACUGCCCAAGGAAUUGGUAAUAUCCAUUGUACUAUAUCUGUAGGACCCCUUUUGAUUGUCAUUACUAGACUUUAUCAAACAUUUCAUCCUUGGAGAAUGUGAAAACGCUCCAUGGUUUUCCACAGACAGUUCACCUAACAAAAAAUAACAAGGCAAACUUUUUCAAGAAUACCAUUAUUUUUAAAUAAAAUGCCUCUACAUGGCAGAUGUUAUUAUGUUCUACUCUGGGGAUGAAAAGAAUCAAAUAUGAUUAGUUAUGGUCCACAGAACCAAAAGAUUUAUUUUAAAGAUAAAGUUCAGAUGAUGAACAUAAAGGAAGUUAUCUCAUCAAAGAAGGCAAGACUGAGUAAAUCUCAGAAAUCCACCAUAUACAGUAUUUAAAAAUGCUCACUAAAAUUGUUCUUUGUGAGUUAACAAAGGUCAGUAUAGUCAAUAUUCAGUACAUAAUCCUAGCAAGUACAAAUAAAGUUAAUAUUAUUCAAAUAUCUUACACAGGCUUAUUGCAUGCAACACACUGUUCUAAGUAACAUACAGAUAUUAAAAUGACUUAAUUCUCAAAACAUGUCUCAAAACAUGAAGUGAGUUUUUGUUUUUAUGCCCAUUUUGCAGAUGAGAAAACUGAGGCAUAGGGAAGGUAAGUAACGCGCUUAAGGUUACAUAGCUGGUAAAUUGUAGCCAGGAGUUGGAAUCUGGGUGCCAAAAUCUAUGCUGUUAAUCACUAAACUACCCUGCCUUAGUUUUUAUACUUCUUUAGGAACCUCAGACCAAAAGAAAUUUAGACAAUUGUAAUAGAACAAGCAAAGAUUUGCUGAUCACAGCUUCCUUGCCCCAAUCCUUUAAUCGGCUUCCUUUUCACUGACUUCUUUUUUAAAUGAAGGUAACAAUGCUGUUGAACAGGAUCAUCUAGUGGUUAGCAGUUCAGCAUAAGAAUGACUUGCUUCAGAAGCUCAGCUCUACCACUUGCUUGCUGUAUGACCUUGAGAAAGUUACCUCUCCAAGUCUGUUUCCUCAUCUUUAAAAGAGAGGUUAUAAUAGGACCCACAUCAUACUAUUGUUUAAAGAGAAAACAACGUAGCCCAUUUAAAGCACUUAGAAAGUGCUCCAUAAAUAUUAUUAGUGUAAUAAAUAGCUGCAACAUCAAUAAAGUAUGAACCAAAUGAUCUCUUGAUUCAUAUACUAACACUAAAAUGGUUUAUUUCCCUUCUAAUUAAAAGAAAAUUACAACAACCAAAACAACAAAUGAAACCAUAGCCAUAAAAUCAAUUAUAUCAUCUGUGAGAAAACCGGAAAGGCUAUUGGACACAUUAAUUCAUUUGUCAUCAGUCAUCCCCUCUAUUCCAAAAUGUUUGUGUUCUAACAUCCUGAGACACCUUGCAUAAUAUAAUCACUGUGACUCCAAGAGGUCAAAUGGGCAGGCAGUUAAUGCUUCUCUGUGAAAAGCUCAAUAAUUCAUUUUACAAAUUUCAGUUUAAAGCCUGCGUUGAGGUUAAGAAAAAUUGACGUUCGGUCUGUGAACUUAAUGUCAAGCUCCAGAAAAACUCUGGGCAGCACAUGUUCAGCAAUUAAGUGGACACAGACAAUAAAGACGUUGCCAAAUUGUAAAACAAGACUUGGAAAUCACAGAAAAUGUUGCUAGUUAUUGAUCACGGUGACCAUUCAGUUCCUACUGAGCCACCCGAAAGAAUCAUUCAUUUUCCAGCAGAGAGCCUGCUCAUUUGCAAGAUAAAAGAGAGACAUUUCUGCACAUGCCCAUAAUGUUCUUCACCACUGGGGGCAGCUUUACAUAAGACUGCAUUCACUGAAACCAAAGCAACAGUCCGAGCAGCUUUCAGAAUGACAGUCUGCAGAAGUGAGCUGAGCGUGUGCGCGGUACGGGGCUCUCCUGCCUUCUGGGCUCCAACGCAGCUCUGUGGCUGAAUUGGGUGCUCACCACGGGAACUGCUGGGCUAUGGAAUACAGAUGUGGCAGCUCAGGUAGCCCCACAUUGCCUGGAGGAAUACAUCAUGUUUUUCGAUAAGAAGAAAUUGUAGGAGCCGGUUUUUUUUUUAACCGCCCCCUCCUCGCCCCCCAAAAAACUGUAAAGAUGCAAAAACGUAGUAUCCAUGAAGAUCCUAUUACCUAGGAAGAUUUUGAUGUUUUGCUGCGAAUGCGGUGUUGGGAUUUAUUUGUUCUUGGAGUGUUCUGCGUGGCUGGCAAAGAAUAAUGUUCCAAAAUCGGUCCAUCUCCCAAGGGGUCCAAUUUUUCUUCCUGGGUGUCAGCGAGCCCUGACUCACUACAGUGCAGCUGACAGGGGCUGUCAUGCAACUGGCCCCUAAGCCAAAGCAAAAGACCUAAGGACGACCUUUGAACAAUACAAAGGAUGGGUUUCAAUGUAAUUAGGCUACUGAGCGGAUCAGCUGUAGCACUGGUUAUAGCCCCCACUGUCUUACUGACAAUGCUUUCUUCUGCCGAACGAGGAUGCCCUAAGGGCUGUAGGUGUGAAGGCAAAAUGGUAUAUUGUGAAUCUCAGAAAUUACAGGAGAUACCCUCAAGUAUAUCUGCUGGUUGCUUAGGUUUGUCCCUUCGCUAUAACAGCCUUCAAAAACUUAAGUAUAAUCAAUUUAAAGGGCUCAACCAGCUCACCUGGCUAUACCUUGACCAUAACCAUAUCAGCAAUAUUGACGAAAAUGCUUUUAAUGGAAUACGCAGACUCAAAGAGCUGAUUCUCAGUUCCAAUAGAAUCUCCUAUUUUCUUAACAAUACCUUCAGACCUGUGACAAAUUUACGGAACUUGGAUCUGUCCUAUAAUCAGCUGCAUUCUCUGGGAUCUGAACAGUUUCGGGGCUUGCGGAAGCUGCUGAGUUUACAUUUACGGUCUAACUCCCUGAGAACCAUCCCUGUGCGAAUAUUCCAAGACUGCCGCAACCUGGAACUUUUGGACCUGGGAUAUAACCGGAUCCGAAGUUUAGCCAGGAAUGUCUUUGCUGGCAUGAUCAGACUAAAAGAACUUCACCUGGAGCACAAUCAAUUUUCCAAGCUCAACCUGGCCCUUUUUCCAAGGUUGGUCAGCCUUCAGAACCUUUACUUGCAGUGGAAUAAAAUCAGUGUCAUAGGACAGACCAUGUCCUGGACCUGGAGCUCCUUACAAAGGCUUGAUUUAUCAGGCAAUGAGAUCGAAGCUUUCAGUGGACCCAGUGUUUUCCAGUGUGUCCCAAAUCUGCAGCGCCUCAACCUGGAUUCCAACAAGCUCACAUUUAUUGGUCAAGAGAUUUUGGAUUCUUGGAUAUCCCUCAAUGACAUCAGUCUUGCUGGGAAUAUAUGGGAAUGCAGCAGAAAUAUUUGCUCCCUUGUAAACUGGCUGAAAAGUUUUAAAGGUCUAAGGGAGAAUACAAUUAUCUGUGCCAGUCCCAAAGAGCUGCAAGGAGUAAAUGUGAUCGAUGCAGUUAAGAACUACAGCAUCUGUGGCAAAAGUACUACAGAGAGGUUUGAUCUGGCCAGGGCUCUCCCAAAGCCGACAUUUAAGCCCAAGCUCCCCAGGCCGAAGCAUGAGAGCAAACCCCCUUUGCCCCCGACGGUGGGAGCCACAGAGCCCGGCCCAGAGACCGAUGCUGACGCCGAGCACAUCUCUUUCCAUAAAAUCAUUGCGGGGAGCGUGGCGCUUUUCCUGUCCGUGCUCGUCAUCCUGCUGGUUAUCUACGUGUCAUGGAAGCGGUACCCUGCGAGCAUGAAGCAGCUGCAGCAGCGCUCCCUCAUGCGAAGGCACAGGAAAAAGAAAAGACAGUCCCUAAAGCAAAUGACUCCCAGCACCCAGGAAUUUUAUGUAGAUUAUAAACCCACCAACACGGAGACCAGCGAGAUGCUGCUGAAUGGGACGGGACCCUGCAACUAUAACAAAUCGGGCUCCAGGGAGUGUGAGAUACCUUUAUCAAUGAAUGUGUCAACCUUUCUGGCAUACGACCAGCCCACAAUAAGUUACUGUGGGGUGCAUCAUGAACUUCUCUCCCAUAAGUCCUUUGAAACGAAUGCACAGGAAGAUACGAUGGAAACACACCUAGAGACUGAGCUGGACCUGAGCACAAUCACAACAGCUGGCCGAAUCAGUGACCAUAAACAGCAGCUAGCUUAACUGAGAUCACUGGUAGCCAGGGGUUGCUACCAAACUUUGUAACCUCAAGGACAAAAUGAGGAAGAUGUGUUCAUUGUGGACUCUAAAAACAAAACACAAAAUCCCCUGUUCAAAUAAACAAAAAAAUCCAAGAUUGAUUCAUGAAAUAAAGAAGACAUGAAUUGUUUUAAGUCUACACUUUGUAAUUAGCUAAGUUGUGCAGUAUUUUUUGACUUAAACAGAGUAUGACCCUGAAAAAUAAAACAAUCUUUUUUUCCAAAACUCAUCCUACCUACCUGUAAAAACUGUACAAAGCUAAUGUAUUUUUCAUAUUGUAAAGUUUCAAUUGUAGAAACAACUGGUAUGUACAGUACCAUAAUUUAAUUACAUUUUACUUUAAAAACUUUACACAUUUCAGUUUCUAAAAUUUUAAAUUAACAAAAAUUAUUUCUUGUGUUAUUCAGAGUUACUCAGUUUUGUAAGGACUGUUUUGUUACUGCUUUUUUGCCCAGAAACCUUGACUCUAAAAUUCUGUGCUGUGCGAAACAUGCACGAUUUUUAUUAUGCUUACUGCGUAGAAUUUUAUCUACUUGUUCCAGAAAUAAUACAUUAACCAAAAAGGAUUUAAUUGUUCAGACUUGUAAGAGGUUCUUCAACUACGUAGGCAGGUUUUUCUUAAAAAUGAAAAAAAAUCAAAGAUUUUUUUAACAGUUCUCAGACUUAACUGUUGCCUUGAAUUACAGCCUAGUUUCUAAGCAGUGAAAUGUAAUGAUAAAGAGGGAUAUUUUAACAUAUUUCCGAAUGAAUGACUCAUUAUUUCAUUCUUUUGAGUAACCAUUGUUAAGGGUUGGGGGAAAGCAUGGACAAAACAUCACUGGAAACAAAGGCUGUAACCACAGCAACAGACUUUGUGAUACAGUUAAAAGGUGCAGCUGCCAGUGACAAAUAAAAACUUUUGUUACAUCUCAUUAUUUGCAGGCCAAGGUGGGAGUAUAGUGCAUAAUAAUUGUACAGUAGCAAUUUUUAUCCUAAUUAACCCAUAGCGGUUUACCUAAAAGUAACCAUCAGUCAGUGCAACGUGUGCCUGGUUAUUAAGACAACUUUUUAUUUAGAACUGUGAGACCAGUAUUUUGGAAACAUUUCAAAGGAAACAUAUGAGUUUUUUUUUGCAUUGUGCACUACAUCAUUUCUCUCCUGAGGAAGAAUUUUAAACAUGUACAGCUCAUUCAAUAUAGAUAUGAGCCAUGGUGGAGAACUUUAUCACUCAAGUAGACUGUAAACAUCCUUAAUAUGUUCUAAAUUGUUUAUAUUGCUAUCCAUAAUGGGAUUCACUUCCAAAUUAUCAAAGAAAUAACUCAGAGUAAUUUGACACCAGCCCAGAUCAUAUAUUGAUUAUAUGAUUGUAUUAUAAAAAUUCAAAUCAAAUUAAGAAAACCUGAGUCUUCAGAAGCUGAAAUAAUCAACUUGUUUGUGCUGUUUGCUUGAUAUAGGUUAUUGUUUGAAAAUAGUGUUACUUUAUCAAUAAUAAUCAUGCAUUCUUGUGUUUUUUUUUAAUGGAAAACUGCAAGUUUCAAUUACUGUUGCACUAGAAGCGCUUUUUAUGUUGUCAUUUUAUAUUCAUGCCAUCAAAAGUAGAUUGACAAUACAUCAGUCUAACAGGGGUCAAUCAAAACAAUGAAGAAAAGAAUAACUGAAAACAAUGUCAAACUUUUAGAUUUUUAUCUCUUCCAAAGAAAGUAUAUCUAUAAAAUCUAGUUUUAUGCAGGUUUGUCACAGCAAAUUUAAAAGCAGCUUCAAGAAUGAACUUAAAAACUGUGGAGCAAAUUUUUGUUGAAAAGAUAUAAAGUCAGAAAGAAAAAAGAUGUAAAUUUUGGAAGAAGCAAAUUCUAUUACUAAUUCAAAUGAAACUAAAUGUCAAACAGUACUUGUGUCAACUAUUUAGCAUCCCAGAUUUUGUAACAUAUUUUGCAUAAAUUAUUUGCUAUUCAAAACUUUUGUCAUUUUAAGUCUAAUUUUAAUCUUUAUGUUAUCCAUUUUCUAAUUGCCUUGCGAUGUAUUAUUCUUAUUCUUAAUUCUCUACGUUGAAAUUUGGCUUUACGUCGUUAGCAAAUUUAUAAAGGGUUAUAAAGCUAUGAUUUGUGAGUCUAAAAUCAAAUGCAAAAUUUUAUUUAUUAUGUAAACCAAAAUGUCAUUUGCAAGUUUUCUCAUUAGAAGUUGUCCUUGCAAAGAUAGAAAAGGAAGAAUUAAUUUGUGUCAACAAGCACAAAUUAACAUAUUUGUUAAUAAAUAGGUUUAUCUGCUAAUAAACCUAUUUCUAGACACAGUCAAAUUGAUAAUGAUUUUUAGAAAUGUUAAGGUUCCAAGGAGUCUUACAAGUGUAUGCCCUUGAUUUCCUGAAGGAAACCACUUUCUUUCUUAAAUAUUUUAAAUUCAUCUAAAGUGAACAACUAUAAAUAGAAACAAUCACCUUGGAACCACAGCUCUGUGCAACCAAGGCCCUAAGCUACACCAAAUAAGCCAGGAAUUUUGAGACUUCUCAUCUUUAAAUUCAACCAGAAGGGUCUUUAACAAGAAAAAAAAUGCUGGAUGAUUAUUAUUAUUAUUUUUGCUUAAUUUUUAUUCUGCCAUGUCCAGGUUAAGGGUGAGGGUGGUGACAAUCUGAAAGACUGUGUCUGGAAUCUUUAUCACAUAUUUCCAAUUUAUUUCAGUUUUUGUCUAAAAUUUGCAUUUCUAAUCUUUCUUUUUCAGCAUUCAAUAAUCUCCCAUUUCCUCCUUCUAACUCCUAUUCCUCUGUCUCCCUUCCUGUCUAUUCCUCACCGAUUUAAACAACUGAAAUGUUUACUUAUGUUUGGAGUUGAAAAAUGGAGAGUUUGACCCAGCAUGGUUACAAUAACAGCCAGCAGCUGCAGCAAACCAUAAAGCUAUGCAGUGUUUUGAAGUUCACAAACCACAUUUUACAUAAAUUAUUUCAUUUUGUCGUCAUAACAACCCUAUAAAGACACAUUGAUCUCAAAGAAGUUGAGCCCUCACCCCAAAACACAGGGCUAAUAAUUGGUGCAGUUGAAUUAUUCUCAAAAUUUCAGGCUGUUAGUCUUUUCACUGUACUAAAAGAUUUCUUUCUCUGAUCAGAGCCAGAGAACUUCCAGAGAUAAUGGAUAGAAUGAAAGAAUAUAUAUAUAUUCAUGUUGUUUAGUAAUCCCUAUUUUAAUUCCAUUCUCCAUCUGUAAAAUAUUAGCUAACUGAAGUAUUUCUGUGUUUUACUCUGGGCUCUCACAUUAAAACUCUGUUCAAAAAGUUUAACAAGUCACAUAUUUCUUAACAUACAAGUUCGUUUGUGAAUGUGCAGAACAGAUGCUCCCAAGAUGUGGAUUGCAUGUAGACCCCAAGGUACAGACAUAAAAUCAAAGAAGCACAAGGAAAGAAACCCCAAGGGAAAAAACCAAAGACCUUCUAAAUUGAGACUGCAUAAUUAUAAAAGAGAUCCAUAGCACAGGGUUGAACACAUGUUCAACACUUUGUCAACUGAACACAUGUUCAAUUCGGAGCUAAUUAGGAAGACAUAUAAAAUUCUUUUUCUUUUUUUCUUUUGGCAAGAUUUCUUCUUAAACCAUGAAAUUUUUUUUUUACUUGUAAUAAUAGAGAACAAUUUUCUCCAUUCUCCUUAUAAGAAAAAUAAAAUUCAUCCAAAUUGAUGUAUAGAACCUAAAACAUAUGCUAACUUGCAAAUAAUAUAUUUUACUGAUCAACUCAUUUUGUCAAGUCUCUAUUUCUAGUCCCUCCUGAAUGUUUUGGAAAACCAUGAAACUAUACAGAUUUUUAAUACAAAUUACAUUUUUACAAGGAAAGAAAACAUUCCCAAAUUUAACACUCAAGACUAAUCACAUAAUCCUAUUUUGAACUCAGAUCUCUCUGACUCCAUAGACUGCUUAGAAAUAGUAAAAUCUCUUUGCAAAAAAUAUUUUCUAAAAUAAAACUAUUGUAUAUGAGAGUAAAAAUAUAUUUGUUUUUGAUUGUUCCUGACUGGAAGACAGAUAUCAUCUCUCAAACUAAACACUCAAAAUAAGAAACUGAAUGCAUGAAAACCAA